AGCUAAAUAGUCAAAGGGUGUAACGAGGAUACGACAUCAUGCUAUUUGUAGAGGCUUGUCACUACCAUUUCGAACAUCUCUAUCAAAUAGGGGCUCGACUAGAAAGGGGGUUGAGUUAGCCUAAUUACUGUAUCAAAAUUCUCAAGUUUCUCACAGAAUCCUCAUGAUUAGAAGGUUGGGGAAGCUGAAUGAUCCUAUUUGAUGAACUCGUUGGUGCUCAAAAUCAAAAGCUUCAAAAUGACACCAUGUAGGGGAAAUUACAAAGUCAAGUAAGUCCCACACAAAAAAGAGCAAAAGCAAAAAACAAAAAAGGCAACGAAAAAUAAAAAUAAAAAAGGAAGACAGAAAAAGCUCGUGGGACUUACACGUUAGAUACCCCUGCAAUAGCACUUGAAGUCAUAAAACUAGUCACGAGUGAAAGUUAUUGACUACCUUUCUAAAAUGCCAAAAGGAUGAUUUUGAGUCUAGCGUCAACGUGGUCACAAAAGCGAUGUAGAUUCAUUCUCUCAGCCAACUUGUCUACACACUCCUGCGAGGGCUAGUCAUCAAAUUAAUCACCUAUCCAAAUGAAGAGUAUUCGUUUGCCAAACCUGAAGAAAUGACACAAGUAAACUCAAAUAAGAUGGGGCACCCAAGAGAAGAAUGUCUGCCUGAUAUGAAAUCCACUCCAUGAUCAUCCUCAUUUUCCAUCACUUGAACUCUCCCUUUCAAGAUAAACAAAAACCACCAUUAUAAUAAUACUUCAGCAGCCAUGCCUGCACCACAGAAGGGUUUUCCACAUUCAUUAUUUUGAUAACCAAUGAGAAGUCAAAGUGUGUAUCAUACCAAGACCUUCAUCAUCCAGCCUUUCAAGGUAAAAAAAAGGACCCGACAAGUGACAAGAUUUCCAGGAUCAAAUUUCUACUCAAAUUACCUAGUCGAGCUUAUCCCUCAAAAUCAAGAUUUCAAGACAAGGGGGCAACCUAAGCCAAAAUAUACCCGCAAAGAUACCCAAGACGAGCCAGCAUUCUCGGAAAAAAUGAGAGCUCCACAACAAAGAUUUCAUUUACCCAUCAAUCAGCCUCAUACUUUGGGGACAAGCCAAAAAUUCCUCAUCAAUGGACUUUUCGCCAAGAAAUUAUCUCGCCUAUCCAUCAAUCAGUCUCAUACUUUGAGGAAAGCCAAACAUCCCUCCACAAGGAACUUCUCACGACAAGAAAAGACGAUCCCCAUUAUAUAUCAACCAGAUUCAUACCUUGGGGGCAAGCCAAAAAUCCUCAAAAUGAAGCUGCCUAUGACUAAGGCCAUAUCAUAGGAUCUUCCUUUACCAACCUCUCAUUUGCGACAAGCAUAAUUUCCAUACCAUGAGAACUCUUACAGUUGGAGUCGUACCAAACCGAGCUUCUUUCAGGAAAGUUCAAGAACUUUUACCACGAGAACAUACAAAGAUCACUCGAACUCUCCAUGAUCAACAAACCUAUACCUCAGGCAUACUUUUCCCCUCAACAUGGUGACAAGAAUCUUGAUAGUAGCUGAAGUAUCGUAAACUCGAAGCACCCAUAGGAUUGAGUGAGACUGAAACUGAGAGUGAGAAUGAGAGGGCUUAUGAAUAUUCUCAUGGCUUGGCUUAUGGAAAAAAAGUUUUUAAACAAUGUGGCAAUAACCACACAAGAAAUCUUUUUCUCAUGUUGCACACACUUCCCUCAAGCGAGGCUUUGAUUUCUAAAAUCAGGUUCUCAUCAUACUUCCUCAAAUGAGAAUUUCCAAACUUUGUUGCAUUCAUCCUAAGUCAAGAUUGGUAAAAGUCACAUUUUGUUCCGAAAAGAGGAAAACAAUUAACAUAUCUAUGGGGCAAGGUGAGAAGACCCUGAGUAGAAGCAGUUCAAAUACCCAUGAAGGGGUUCUCCAAGUCCAUUAACUCAUGAGUAAUUGGGGAAUCUCAGAUAUUCUGAAUCAUUCCAUUCAAGCUACCCAACCUGUCAAUCAAACUAUCCUUCAACUAUUUUUUUUUACCGCAUACCUCUUGGUGAAAUCAAUCAAGCAUGUCUAGAGACCGACAUCAACAAGACAAUACCCCGAGAUGAAAAAUUCCUCUUAGCCAAGCAUGACAUGCUUGCAUAGCAAGAAUAUCAAUCAAACUAAAAGAGCACGUUAUCAUAGGCCACCAUGCUACAAAUGCCUCUUACAAAAUCAACCUACCAAUAAGAAGAUCAUUUGGCAAACACAUAAGCCACUCAAACACCAGUUUCCAAGGUGGAGAAAGCAGAUGACCAACCUUUCAUCAAGUUCACAGAAAUGUCAUACUUUGGGCUCAAUGAGCGGAUAAAGAGGAUAAACUAGAUGGCAAGCCCAGUACCUCGAGAUGCUGACGUACGUCAAAGGAAGAAUGUACCCACAACAACCAGGCUACUCCAAUGCGUGUACAACUAAAGUUCAUGUUUACUAAAGGGAAAUGAGUUUCCUUGUGGAUGAUUGAUUUAAGAGAAUCCUCGACAUACAAUACAUAAAAGACGAGGAGCCAUCAUAAUCUUUCAUCUGCAUACCCUUCAAGACAUCAUCAAACGGGCAACAUUUUAUUUGAAUGCACUUCAUAUCAUAUCAUUCAUUAAAAUAACUAGUUUCAAGGAAUGUACAACCAUCAUAUAUAUCAAUCAGGCAUACCCUCUCAACAUCAUAUCUCAUGACAUUACAUCAUGACAUGUCAUAAUCAUACUCAUCCUACGAUUUCCCACUCAUUACCAACGUCACCAUGCAUUGAUUGUCUAGCCUGUCAUAUCCCGGACGAUCCCAGAGCUUUGCCAUCAAUAAAUGUUCAGCAUGUCAUACCCCGAACAACUUGAGUGCAUUAUUAUAAAAAAAUGUCUAGCAUGUCAUAUCCCGGACAACCCCAUAAGCUAUGCCAUCAAUAAAUGUUUAGCAUGUCAUACCCCAAACAAUUUGAUUGCAUUGUCUAUUCAAAUGUCUAGCGUGUCAUAUCCAAGACAAUCCCAUAGUUAUGCCAUCAAUAAAUGUUUAGCAUGUCAUACCCCGAACAAUUUGAUUGUAUUGUCUAUUAAAAUGUCUAGCAUAUCAUAUCAUGGACAACCCUAUAGCAUCGCCAUCAAUAAUUGUUUGUCAUGUCAUACCCUGAACAAUUUGAUCGCAUUGUCUAACAAAUGUCUAGCAUGUUAUAUCCAGGAAAACCCUAUCAUACUGCCAUUAAUAAAUGUUCAACCCGAAA